UUAUGCUUGCUCAAAUUAUCUUUGACGAAUCAAUUGAUUUAAUGUAGGCAUCGCUCUUUCCUUUGUCCUUCCCCCCCGUUUUUGCCCUAAUCUUUCAAAGGUUCCAGUUCUUUGUUCAAUGAUGUUGAUAUCCGAAACUGCUCUGCACUUACGUCAACUCUCAGUAAACACAAUCUAUUCACGACCACAAAUUCUGCAUAAAUGGCUUUGCUCUAGUUUUCAAUCUUAUGCACAGAUAGACACAGGCAAAGAAAGAGGAGUCUCCAAAUUCCAGAGUCAGAAGGUCAGUCAUUUACAAGGAUGAUAUCACAUGAUCUUGAUUCGGUACGAUAUGGUGGGAGUCUCUCUGUCCAAUUAUGUUUUCCUGGUAUUAGAUCUGCUACAAAUUCCUCAAGCAAAUCUUUUGGUGAGGAUGAUGCCAGCACAUGUGUUGAAUGCUCUGAUGAUGAGGUAAGCCUUAAAGAUGCUUUCCGUCAAAGCUCACCUUACAAUGGCGUCAACACAUCUGCUGCAACCUUUAAUACCACUAACGGAUUGGGAAAUACCUUACCACGACAAUCAAGCUGUCCAGAUGAAAUUUCUUUCAACGUAUGCAGCUCUCAUCCCCAACUACCUCAAGGCAUUUCAAGCUCGGUUCAUUUUCCAGAGGUUGAAGGAAGAGAUUCCGACACGGUUUUAAAUUCAUCCUUUUGGCCUCAGUACACUUCGAGGGAUCAUAAACCUCGGAGUGCUGCUGAACUUACUAUAAAAGCAGUAGAUGACAGGGCAAGUUUUCCCCAUCUAGGAGUGUCAUACGCCGAAGCAAUUUUUGGGGAAAAUUUCUUUACUUUAUAUGUUCCUCUGCAUCUGGCGGCGCUCAAAGGUGACUGGGGUACUGCAAAAGAAUUUUUGGUUUUAAAGCCACAUGCAGUCAGUGCUAGGAUUACAAGCAAUUUAGACACUGCUCUUCAUGUAGCCGCAGGGGCAAGGCAGACGAAGUUUGUCGAAGAGCUCGUGAAACUGAUGACACCUGAUGACCUGGCAUUGCAGAACAAGGUUGGGAAUACAGCCCUCUGCUUUGCUGCUGCAUCUGGUGUCACAAAGAUUGCAGAGUUAAUGGUUAGUAAGAACAAAAUGUUGCCUUCUAUUCGAGGCAGUAAGGGGGCAACACCAUUGUGUAUGGCUGCUUUGUUAGGCCACAAAGACAUGGUCUGGUACCUAUAUUCUGUAACUCAGAAAGAGGAUCUAACAGAAUAUGAUCGCAUUCAGCUUCUUGUUGCAGCCAUCAGUGCUGAACUUUAUGAUGUGGCCUUGAACCUGGUUCAACAUCAUCCCGAAUUAGCUUUUGCUCGGGAUGGAAAUGGAGAGACAGCUCUUCAUAUAUUGUCUCGGAAGCCUUUGGCAUUUUCAAGUGGAAGCCAAUUCGGAAAUCAGCGCUGGUGCUUAAAUUCAUGGACACCCAGUUUGAAUGGAUUAGUCUGCAGUGCCUCCAGAUAUUUGGGAUUCAGAACAAUUCUUGACAUAAAGGCCAAGCAUAUCCAGGCACUUGAACUCGUGAAGCAACUGUGGGAGCGUGUCCUGCUGCUUGAUGAUUCGAAAAUUGGAGAUUUCCUUAGGUUCCCUUUCCGACUAAUAUUUACUGCUGUGGAGAUUGGGAAUGUUGACUUCCUACUUGUGCUAAUUCGAAUGUAUCCUAAUCUUAUUUGGAAAGUCGAUGAGCAGAAUCGAAGCAUAUUUCAUGUUGCAGUGGCACACCGUCAGGAGAGAAUUUUCAGUCUCAUACAUGAGAUCGGUUCUCACAGAGAUCUGAUAUCAGCCUAUAAGGAUGAGAGAAAUAAUAACAUCCUGCAUCUGGCUGGAAAGUUAGCACCUCCAAAUCGUCUCAAGAACGACUGUGGUGCAGCACUGCAGUUGCGACGCGAAGUGCACUGGUUCAAGGAGGUUGAAAAAAUUGUGCAACCUUCUUACCGAGAAAUGAAGAACUUAGAGGGGAAAACACCUCAUAUAUUGUUCACAGAGGAGCACAAAAGACUUGUCCGAGAAGGGGAAAAGUGGAUGAAAGACAGUGCAUCAUCAUGCAUGGUUGUUGCAACACUUAUUGCCACUGUGAUGUUUGCUGCAGCCUUCACUGUACCUGGUGGCAAUAACAAUGAGACAGGGAGGCCUAUUUUUCUUCAUCGCCGGUCAUUUAUUGUCUUCUCCAUAUCAAAUGCAUUGGCAUUAUUCUCCUCUGCCACUUCUAUUCUGAUGUUCCUGUCCAUUUUGACUUCACGCUAUGCGGAAGAAGAUUUUCUCCAUUCACUACCUAAACGGCUGAUAAUAGGGUUCACAACCCUUUUUGUUUCGAUAGCGACCAUGAUGUCAGCAUUUUCAGCCACACUUUUCAUUGUUCUUGGGCGCGAAUUUGCAUGGAUUGCCAUUUCAGUUGCUAUGGUUGCUUGUAUUCCUGUCACUUUGUUUGCUCUGCUACAGUUUCCCCUUUUAGCAGAUAUGAUCUCUCAUAUAUACAGUUCUAAUAUUUUCUUCUUUCCAUGCAACCGCCUUUUGUAUUAACUGUAUUAUCUCUCACAAACUAUGUAGAAAUUUGGAUUUAUUGUAUUCAUUGUAUAUGAAUUCUAAUAAAUACAAGGUUGUGUGAACUGUAAUGUUAUUGUUA